AGAUAAAGGAGCGCCGUUAAAACCGCACGCAGUUAGGUCCUCCCCAGUCAGUCCAUCAAAGCGAGUCCCACAGAGAGGUGAGCUCCUCCAGCCUGUCUGCUGUCACCAUGGCGUGUGUUGAGACAUCCUCCAACAGGCCGUACCACCUGGUUAUCUUUGGAGCCUCUGGCUUCACGGGGCAGUUUGUGGUGGAGGAGGUGGCCCGGACUGUGUCCGAGGGUCCGAAGGGGAACCUGAAGUGGGCCGUGGCGGGCAGGAGCAAGCAGAAGCUGGAAAAAGUUGUGGAGCAGGCCGCCGGAGUCCUCAGUAAACCCGAGCUGAGAACAGAGGUGGACAUUAUCGUGGCAGAUGUAGAAGAGCCAGACUCCCUGGCAGCCAUGUGCAAACAGGCCGUGAUUGUUCUCAAUUGUGUGGGGCCUUACAGAUUCUAUGGCGAGCCAGUGGUCAAAGCCUGUGUGGAGAAUGGAGCCCACCAUAUUGACAUCUGUGGAGAGCCUCAGUUUCUGGAGGGCAUGCAGUUGAACUACAGCAGCCAGGCAGCUGACAAAGGUGUGUACAUCAUUGGGAGCUGUGGAUUCGACUCUAUACCUGCAGACAUGGGAGUCCUCUACACCAGGGACCAGUUCAAGGGUACACUGACUGCAGUGGAGAGCUUCUUGACUGUCAGCUCAGGACCUGAUGGCGGAUGUAUCCAUGAUGGCACGUGGCAGUCUGCCAUCUACGGUUUUGCUGACAGCCAGAAGCUCCAGAGUGUUAGGAGGAAGUUUAAUCACAAACCUCUCCCUACCUUUGGCUCUAAGCUUAGACGCAGGGGAACACUGUUCUUCAGUAAUGAGAUCCAGCAGUAUACAGUUCCCUUCAUGGGCUCUGAUCCAUCUGUAGUGAGGAGAACUCAGCGCUUCCUGGCGGAGGAACAAAAGGCCACACCGGUUCAGUAUGGAGCGUAUGCAGGAAUAGGAGGCAUUGGCAACAUUAUCAAGCUGAUUUUUGCUGGCAUGAUGUUCUGGUUCUUAGUCAAGUUCAGUUUUGGACGCAACCUGCUCAUCAAGAACCCAGAGCUCUUCUCCUUUGGACUGUUCUCUAAGGCCGGACCAACUAGAAAGCAGAUGGAAGCUUCAUCCUUCCAGUUUGCCUUCUAUGGAGAGGGAUACACAGAGGGAGAGGACCCCUCGAAGGGAAAACCUAACGGCAAAAUCCGCACACUGGUUCAGGGACCAGAGUGUGGAUAUGUGGCCACGCCCAUUGCCAUGGUACAGGUUGCCCUAACAAUCCUCAACGAAUCCACAGCCUUGCCCAAGAAGGGAGGAGUGUACACUCCAGGGGCUGCUUUUGCAAAAACCACACUGGUCGACCGCCUCAACAAACACGGCAUCCAGUUCUCUGUCAUCUAAAGUUUGUCCCCUCCCUGAUGUCGUACUCAAGGUUUUUCUGAGCACUUACUAAUAUGAAUAAUAACUGGGAAGUGUCCUACUUUAAAAGAGAGCUAUUAAAUCAUGAGAGCUUUGACUAGAGAAGCAGUAAACUUUCAGAUUAAGUUCUACCAACUUUUUUUUAUGGUACUUUUGGCAUUUAUCCUUUUCGUUUGGUCAGAGUCUCCUUUUGGCUUGAAUGCACAAUAAACCCCCUGCCUGUAAAACAAAUAGCACAACUGUGGCAGUGUUUCCUGGCCAAGGAGAGUAAAAGAACAGUUGUAUAAAUAGGUUUAACAUGACACUCCAAUGACAUGAUUAUUGCUAAUGAAAGAAGAAUUUUGGUCAGCAUUUUGUUUACUCCCUGUCUUUGAACAAAAAUUUCUAGACUCUCCUUAGUUUCUACGCGUUCAUGUUGAAGUCUGCCUGGGUUUUACUUAAACAGGUGUAGACAGUUGAAGACGAUUUUAAAAUUUCAUGUUCCCUUUAAUGGCCCAUGUUGUUAAACAGCCACAGGCUGAUCGCUUCAUAAUAUUAUCCGUAAUGAUCCCAGGUCAUAUUUACUGUGCCAGGGUAGAGGGUUGGUAAAGUAGGUUGAAAUCAGAUGUAGUGAUCUGUGUUUAAAAAAAAAUGUGUGGACUGUUCUAACAAAAAACAACUGUCAACUUUAACUGUGCAAGAAAAGCAAACUUCUAUAAUCUUUAUAAGUGUCAUCCUUGUAACAUACAGUAACUUUAUGUUUGCAAGGACAUUACUCACAAAGUAGCACUAACAUGGUAGUCGUACAUUUGUUGUUCUGGUUCAGAGUGAAGCUGUCGUUAGAGCAUUAGAAAUCUGCUGUGUGUGCACGAACAUGCUUGCCUUUCCUGGCCUGGUCUGUAAGUUAAAAAUCCUGAUUGCUUGGUUUUUGACAGAUAAUAGUUGGACUAUCAUUAAAUCACCCUACUUGAG